GGGGUUGCUGUAGUUGAUGCGGGAUGAUGUGCGCCGCACCCCGAGUGAUAUUGAUAAGGGGAACACAGCUCGGUCCUUCAUUGCCCCGCUGAUUUUUGCUGGACUGUGGCGCGCGGUGAUUAUCUUCAUUUAUUUAUUUUUAUUAUUUAUUUUUUAUUUUUUGAAUUUUUUUGCUGGGCUGGGACUGUUUGGGAGACCUGAUGUGGAAGGACUGGGCUGUUUUGCCUGAAGGGAUCAAUUGAGCACUGUUGCUCUCACCCGGAGGGAAACCAGGGCUGAGCUGCUCACCUGGUCAUUUCAACACAACUUUUCAGCAUGGCUGAGAAGACGAUCGAGCAGGGCUCGGUCAGCAUCCCCAUGGAGGAGACCAAACUUCAUGGCGGAGCGCCUCAGGAGGCGCCGCUGCUCACCCACCUGAAGAAAGUAGAGAACCACAUCACUGAGGCCCAGCGCUUCUCCCACCUCCCACGCCGCUCCGCUGUGGACCUGGAGUUCAAUGAGCUUUCAUACACCAUCCGGGAGGGUCCGUGGUGGAGGAGGAGAGGUUAUAAAGCCCUCCUGAAGUGUCUGUCAGGAAGAUUUAACAGCAGAGAGCUGAUUGGCAUCAUGGGGCCUUCUGGAGCUGGAAAGUCCACACUGAUGAAUAUUUUGGCGGGGUACAGGGAGACCGGCAUGAAAGGUACAAUCCUGGUGAACGGCCGACCGAGGGAUUUGAGGACUUUCAGGAAAAUGUCCUGCUACAUCAUGCAAGAUGAUAUGCUGCUGCCACACCUCACUGCGAGGGAGGCCAUGAUGGUUUCCGCCAAUCUGAAACUGAAUGAGAGCGUCCAGGUCAAAAAGGAGCUUGUGGAUGAGAUCCUGACCGCUCUGGGCCUUCAGGAGUGUGCUCAGACACGUACCAUCUCUCUCUCUGGGGGCCAGUGUAAAAGACUGGCCAUUGCCCUGGAGCUGGUUAACAAUCCACCUGUCAUGUUCUUUGAUGAGCCCACCAGUGGUCUGGACAGCGCGUCCUGCUUCCAGGUCGUUUCCCUCAUGAAGUCCUUGGCUCAGGGAGGACGGACAAUCAUCUGUACCAUUCAUCAGCCCAGUGCCAAGCUCUUUGAGAUGUUUGAUAAGCUGUACAUCCUCAGUCAGGGUCAGUGCAUAUACAAGGGCACAGUCCCUUACCUCAUCCCUUAUCUGAAGAACCUGGGUCUCCACUGCCCGACAUAUCAUAAUCCAGCGGAUUUCAUCAUUGAGGUGGCAUCGGGGGAGUACGGAGACCUGAACCCAGUGCUGUUUGAGGCAGUCCAGGGCGGACUGUGCUCAGAGGAGGGCAAGAAGAACUCCAGGGACAAAACUGACUCCUCCUGUCCCUCACAGUGUCACAGUGACACAGGAACGCUUGAGAAGCAUAGCUUCGCCACCAGUACAUUCACACAGUUUUGCAUCCUCUUCAAAAGAACCUUCAUUACGAUAUGCAGAGAUACGGUGCUGACCCACCUUAGGGUGAUGUCCCAUCUGUCCAUUGGAGUACUCAUUGGCCUGCUCUAUCUCAAAAUUGGAAAUGAUGCCAGCAAGGUUUUCAACAACACUGGCUUCCUCUUCUUCUCUAUGCUUUUCCUCAUGUUUGCUGCCCUGAUGCCCACAGUGCUAACCUUUCCUCUAGAGAUGUCUGUGUUUAUGAGAGAACAUCUUAACUACUGGUACAGCCUGAAGGCCUAUUACUUGGCCAAAACCAUGGCUGACAUACCGUUCCAGGUGAUUUGUCCAAUUAUGUACUGUAGUAUAGUGUACUGGAUGACAGAACAACCUGCAGAGGUGGGUCGCUACCUGCUCUUUAUGGCCUUGUCUACAUCCACAGCGCUGGUGGCGCAAUCGCUGGGUCUGCUUAUAGGAGCUGCAUCAACGUCUCUGCAGGUGGCAACGUUUGUGGGCCCAGUCACAGCCAUACCUGUCCUCCUUUUCUCGGGCUUCUUUGUCAAUUUUGACACCAUUCCCAAAUACCUACAGUGGAGCUCUUAUGUUUCCUAUGUCAGGUAUGGCUUUGAGGGGGUGAUACUCUCUAUUUAUGGGAUGAACCGGUCUGAGCUCGAAUGUCCAGAGCCUGUGUGUAAGUUUCAAAAGCCAGAGGAGGUCUUGCAGCUGUUGGAUGUGGAGGACGCAAAGCUUUACGUGGACUUCAUGGUGCUGGGGGUUUUCUUCCUGAUCCUCAGACUCGCCACUUACCUGGUUCUGCGCUACAAAGUCAAGUCAGAGCGUUAAGACAUCCAGAGGCACAUUGCUAAUGGAUAUGGAUGCUCGUGAAUAUCCCAGAAGUGUGAGAUAGUAAGAAAACCUAUCGUCUCUCUUUUUCGGUUUCCACAUUACAAAAUCAAUCGAGUAUGUGCUGCACCAUUACUCAAACUGUACAGUAGGGCACAGAUUGAAAAAGUUUACUGAUAAGAAAAUGAAAAGUUUCAACUGUGAAUUGUUGUUCCCUGCACACCGUUACUGUAUGCCAGGUAAUGGUCACCAUCACCUUUCAUAAAUACAAU